AUGGCCGCCAAGCCCCUCCUCUGGGAGGCCCUCCGCCUCUACAUCAGCCAGGAUGCCUACACGUUCGUCUCGACCGAGUCGCCCUCCGACUCCUUCACCGUCGACCGAGACCAGGGCGACAUCCAGGUCGGCGUGCCCGGCGCAAAGGCCAACGCCACAAAGACCAUGGAUGUCCACGGCAUCCUCGGUCUCAUCAAGCUCCACACCACCGAGUUCCUCAUCGUCAUCACCAGCCGCAAAAAGGUGGCUGAAGUCCUCGGAGCAGACAUCUUCAUGGCCACCGACUUCCGCGUCCUCCCUGUGAACCGGGAGGCGAACCCCUCGCUCCUCCGCCACCCCGUCGAGAAGACGCUCCUGGGCUUGCUCAAGUCGCACCUCUACAGCGCUCCCUUCUACUUUAGCUACCGCUACGACCUCACUAGCAGCCUGCAGAGGCAGAAUGUCGUCGCCGACGCAUCCCAGCCCCUCUGGAAGCGCGCCGACGACCGCUUCUUCUGGAACCGGUACCUCCAGACCCGUCUCAUCGAGCACACCUCUGCCAACCCGUCGCAGGACCUCUCCCGCUUCAUCCUGCCCUGCAUCUUUGGCUUCCUCGAGGUCAAGUCGGCCACCAUCAACAACCGCAACUUUGUCCUCGGCCUCAUCGCCCGCAGGUCCCGCCACCGCGUCGGCACCCGCUACUUUUCCCGCGGCAUCGACAAGGAGGGCAACGUCUCCAACUUCAACGAGACCGAGCAGUUUGUCAUUGUUGACCCGCCCAGCGAGGGCGGCGCCGGCGGCAAAGUCGAGGGCAAGGUUCGGAUGAGCUACAUCCAGACUCGAGGAAGCGUGCCGGUCUUUUGGGCCGAGAUCAACAACCUGCGGUACAAGCCGGACCUGCAGAUCAUGGAUAUGCCCGAGACGGCCGAGGCUACGCGGCGCCACUUCGAAGACCAGGUGGCGCGCUACGGCGACGUCUACCUCGUCAACCUGGUCAAUCAGAAGGGAUACGAGAAGCCGGUCAAGGAGGCCUACGAGCGAGCCGUCGACGGGCUCAACAACCCGCAGGUGCACUACACCUACUACGAUUUCCACCACGAGUGCAAGGGGAUGAAGUUUGAGCGCGUCAUGGACCUCAUUGACCGGCUCCACGCAAAGGGCCUCGAGAGCGACGACUACUUCCUCAACGAUACAACACGGCAGGGCCAGCCGGUGGUCCGCCAGCAGAAGUCGGUGGUGCGCACCAACUGCAUGGACUGCCUCGACCGCACCAACGUCGUCCAGGGCACGCUGGCGCGGUGGGUGCUCAACGACCAGCUGCGCGCCGUCGGCGUGCUGUCCAAGGACGAAAAGGUCGAGACCCACGAGACCUUCAUGCACAUGUACCGCAACGUCUGGGCCGACCACGCCGACGUCGUCUCCAAGGCCUACAGCGGCACGGGCGCGCUGAAGACCGACUUUACGCGGACGGGCAAGCGCUCCAAGGAGGGCGCGCUGCAGGACGGCCUCAACUCGAUCACGCGCUACAUCAAAAACAACUUCUACGACGGCGCGCGCCAGGACGCCUACGACCUCUUCACGGGCGCCUGGCAGCCGGCGCACGGCCUGCCGAAUCCGGACAAGCGCGCGCUCCUCGUCCGAUCGAUGCCGUGGGUCUUUUUGUUUGCCCUGACGAUGAUCUUUGCCAGCCUCAUCCUGCCGCGCUCGUCGGCAGCGACGGUGGCGACGGUGGCGGGGACGUCGACCAACGAGGUGGCGCGACACGGCAGCGCCUUUCUGCUGCUGUGGUCUCUCGUGGCGGCGGCCAGCUUCCAGUACAUGGUGGCGAGGGGGUUGGACUACGUCGCCUGGCCCACGCUCAACCGACCGGACGGGACCAUUUUUUACGACGGUCCCGGGUUUUCAUCGGGCAAGAGGGGCAGGUACGGUGUCAUCAACCCGCUCGCGUCGCAGGGACAGGAGCAGCAUGCGCAGAGGCAGGCUCCCGUGUCGAACGGCAGGAGGGGCCAGGCCUACAGCGUCGAGGGCAAGAAGCUGGCCUAG